AUGGGCGGAGCGCCGUCCGUUCCCACCGAUCCGUCCCGGAGGAUCCAGGUCAUCGGCGCGGGGUACUCCCGGACCGGAACCGUCUCUCUGCAGCUGGCGCUGGAGAAGCUCCUCGACGGGCCCGUGAUGCAUGGCGGCACGCAAGUUCUCCAUCGCGAAGAUGCAUACUGCAAGAAGCUCGCGCAGGCGUACGAGGCCAAGCGCGCCGGCGAUAAAGCGCGACUCCACAGGCUGCUAGAAGACAUUUUCGCGGGGUACGUCGGGUGCACCGACAUGCCGCCGAUCGACUUUAUUCCCGACCUGCUGGAGCUGUACCCGGACGCCAAGGUGGUAUUGACGACACGGGACAACGAAAAGUUUGCGAAAAGUAUCCAGCUGGUAGGAAGCAAUGCCUCCAUAUGGUGGCUGCCGUACGUGAUGUGGCCGGUUCCCGGCUGGCGCUGGUUCCCGACGCUGGUGAAUGAGUUCACCAACUCGGCGAUGAAAAUCAAGGGCCCGACAGAUGGCCAGGACCAUUAUCACUCAAUACUUCCGAACUGGAAUCAUUCGGUGCAGCAGAUGGUGCCGGCUGACAAGCUGCUCAUCAUGGAUCUGAAAGAAGGGUGGGAGCCUCUGUGCAAGUUUCUGAACGUGCCUGUUCCUAAUGAGCCGCUGCCGAGAGCGAAUGACGCGGCUGCAAUUGAGAAGACCGCCCAAGAGGUCAUUGUCAAGCUGAUGGGCAUAUGGAGCGGUAUGUUUGCGGCGUCUGGCGUGGUUUCAUUUACCGCUUGGAAGCUUUGGAAGACCAGGUAG